AUGGCCCAAAACAUGUACGACAACCCGGCGUUUUUCAACGAGUACAGACAAUUACCGCGAUCGGUGCACGGGCUCGAUGGCGCUCCAGAAUGGCCUACACUGCGUCGACUGGUCGGGGAUAUCCAGGGGGCGCGCGUGCUCGAUCUGGGGUGCGGCUUCGGCUGGUUCUGUCGGUGGGCGGUGAAGGAGGCUGCUGCGCGGUCGGCGCACGGCGUCGACAUCUCAGAGAACAUGCUCCGACGGGCACGAGAGAUGCCGGCGGCAGAAGAGGAAAAGAGUCUGAUCACCUACGAACGGUCGGAUCUUGAACAGGGACUCGAGCUGGCGCCAGGGUCGUACGAUUUCGUGUAUAGUUCGCUCGCACUGCACUACCUGCCCACCGACGCCCUUCGGAGGUUGCUCGCACAGGUCUUUGCAUGCCUCGACAACACCAGCACCAUCGCCCCAGGCCGAUUUGUCUUCUCGGUCGAACACCCCGUGCUCACGGCGCCGGCAGACGCGUCGUGGAGGCGCGAUGAGCAGGGCCGCGUCUUCUGGCCGCUGAACCGGUACUGGGACGAGGGGCUCCGUGUGACGGACUGGCUGGCCGACGGGGUCAGGAAGUACCACCGCACCGUGGAGACGUACGUCUCGCUGUUGCUAGAGGCAGGCUUUGUGCUCGAAAGCCUCAAAGAGUCCUGGGACGGGUUGGAUCUCAGGACGAAAGUGGACGAGGGCGGCGAGGCGCAUCGUCCGUAUUUCUUGCUCGUUGCGGUGUCGAAGCCUGUUUUCCCAGUAGUCGAGUCUUAA